UAAAGUGUCAGAACCCUGCUACUAGAGCCUGGAUGUGGCUCUGAGUUUCAGGGUCACUGACAUUGAUAAGACACCUGCGUCCCAGGACUCGGAGGAGAAACGGCUGAUGGACUUGGCGGGGAAUUUGCGCGGGGUUUUACUGAGCGGGAAGAGACUGUUCAAAUGAGGGGGAGGGUAUAUAAAGGAGGGUUGGCCGGAGCCUCCCAUUCUUGGCUUUUCUGAUGUUCAUGUUUCCUACAGUAAAAGUUCCUGGUGAUACCACAGAGAGUCUCGUGUGUUCAUUCAGGAGCGGCUGUGGUGAGCUGACACUAAGCCAAGAAUACGGACACCAUCCCGCUGUAGCGGUGAGGUGUAACAUGCAAGUGGAGGAUGAAGAGCUCUUGGGCGCCGGAGGAGGAAGGUCGGAAAGGGCCACUCCCGAGACGGACGCUGAGUUCCACCAGCUGGCGGCCCUGGCGUCAUCCACCGCUUAUGCCCAGCCAAAUGGGGUAACCCAGAGGCGCGGAGUGGUGCGGGGAGAUAGCACCGGAGGAGAGGAAGGUUCACCUUCCCCAGGCCCGCAAAAGAUGGUGUUUCUGGAGGAGAGGAUGUCGGCGAUGGAGACCACCCUGGCAGUGAUGUCGAGGGCGAUGGAGCGCCUGGCGGUUUUGGCGGAGCCGGAGCGAGGAAGGGAACUCCGGGCUAGCUCAAUGUGGGACGUGAGCAUGGGAAGCAGCCAGGGCUUUGCAGACCUCCCAGCACCGAAGGGAAGGGAAAUGCGAAAGGAGCCCGGUGCCCGGCCCAAGAUCCAAACGAGCCUGACGCGGGUGGAGGAGAGUGACGACGAAGGGGAAAAGCCUCCGAGAAUCCCGGCUACGCUCCCAACUGAGACCCUGGUGCCCCUGGCGAAUGCCGGGCGUGGCACAGGACAAAGGGAAGCAGCAGCGGGGCCCACUGGCCCGCAAGGGGGCUUGCGACGGGCGGAGAAUUGGGGAUUGCCACCACAGGGACCCCUACCGAGACGAGAGGAACUAAGGAUCGAGUUUGGGGGAGAGUCCUCUGAACUGGAUUUUUUCCUGACCACGGUGAGGGGCUAUAUGGAGGACAAUGCCCACACUUUUAGAACGGAAUCCAGCCGGGUACGGGCCAUUGGUGCAGUGUUGAAGAGGGGAGCGGCCAGCUGGUACGUUCAACUACACGCGCGGCGCGACCCAUGUCUGGGGUCACUCCGACGCUUUAUGGGGGCCCUGGAGACCCGUUUCCGAGAUCCACUGGAGCAGAUCCGGGCGAGGGAGGAGUUGAAGACCGUCUCCCAGGGGCAGAGGUCGGUAUCUGAGUAUGCGGAGGAGUUCCAAUGCCUCGCUGAAAAGGUGCCGGAAUGGUCUGCAGUGACAAAGAUAGAACUCUUCAAAGAGGGGCUCAGGCGGGAGAUCCUCUCCUGGGCGGUGCAUCGUGAUGAGCCUGACACACUGCGCGGAUGGAUUCAGCUGGCGGGGCGCAUCGAGACAUCGCUGGCCCAGGCGAGGAGGCACCGAGGAGGGCUACAGCAGCGGCCGCAGAUGAAAGAGGGGAGCCGGAAGGAGGGAUCAACCCCAGCCGGGAGGAGAACGGAGCCGACAGGGAACGACGAAGGGGAGGAGGACGCCAUGUCAGAACCCUGCUACUAGAGCCUGGAUGUGGCUCUGAGUUUCAGGGUCACUGACAUUGAUAAGACACCUGCGUCCCAGGACUCGGAGGAGAAACGGCUGAUGGACUUGGCGGGGAAUUUGCGCGGGGUUUUACUGAGCGGGAAGAGACUGUUCAAAUGAGGGGGAGGGUAUAUAAAGGAGGGUUGGCCGGAGCCUCCCAUUCUUGGCUUUUCUGAUGUUCAUGUUUCCUACAGUAAAAGUUCCUGGUGAUACCACAGAGAGUCUCGUGUGUUCAUUCAGGAGCGGCUGUGGUGAGCUGACAA